AGACGCAGCCGGGACAGCCAAGGUCUAACUGGAGCUGGUCUUAUCUCUGUGUUGGAGGCUGAACCUGGACCUGGGCCAGACCGAUACAAUCAGAUGGCCGUGGACAGUGGUAAGACCGUAGUGCUGGCAGCACUUGGCCGGCCCUUCAGUCUGGGGAUGCUCUACGACUGUCGCAACGACUCACUGAUCCCCGCUCUGACACUUUGGAACCGGGAGGCCUUAGAGAAAGAAGCAAAUGAAAUACCCCAACCAAACAGUGACUUUGAGAUAGUUGCAUCUGACUCCAUCGAAGACAAAUAUUCUGCGUUGAAUGUUGAAGCUUCACUGCAAGCCAGUUUUCUGUGUGGACUGGUUGAGAUAGGAGGCUCUGCUAAAUAUCUCUCAGAUUCUAAGAUUUCCAGCAAUCAGGCUCGAGUGACACUAAAAUACAAAACCACCACGAAGUUCAAAGAGCUGUCAAUGAAUCACAUUGGCAGAGAUAAUGUGCAACAUCCAUAUGUGUUUGAGUUGGAUCAAGCAACACACGUAGUGACAGGAAUCCUUUAUGGGGCACAAGCCUUCUUUGUGUUUGACCGUGAGGUGUCACAAAAGGAAAAUAGGCAAAACAUCGAGGGCAAUCUAAAGGUGCUGAUCAAGAAGACAGCCAACUUGAAGAUAGACGGUCAUGGUUCUCUGAACAUGGCAGACAAGGACAUUGAAAAUGUGGACAAGUUCUCCUGCAAGUUCCAUGGGGACUUUAACCUUGAGAAAACACCUGCGACUUUUCAGGAGGCAAUAGAAGUCUAUCAAAGCCUACCUAAGUUGUUGGGAACCAACGGAGAGAACGCAGUGCCUCAGAAGGUCUGGUUAAUGCCACUGAAGACUCUAGAUUCUGCUGCUGCUCAACUGGUUCGACAGAUAAGUGAUGGUUUAAUCAGGGAUGCUCAGAAUAUCCUGGAGGACCUCAGCGAGCUGGUAAGGAGAUGCAACGAUGCAGAAAGAUGCAAGACAGCCCAACCUAAGAAAAAUGUGAGAACUUUCAAAGAACUGGUUUUGCAGCAUAAACUAAAGCUCCAGAAUAAUAUGAAAAGGAUACUCCCAUUGAUCCGAGGAGGAGGAGAGGAGGAAGGUGUUCUUGCAAAUAUCCUGAAAGAAGUACAUUCUUCUCCUUUCCAAAUUGAUCAACUGAAUGAGUGGAUGGAUUGGAAAGGAACAGAAAUGAUAAUCAUCAACUCUCUGAUUGACAAGAUGUCCGAAAUUGUGAUCGUCACAAGUCGCACAACUCUGCAACAGGAGAUCUACAGUGCAGAUAUCACACAUGCUGUGUGCUUUGUCUUUACCUCCCUGGAAGCCCCAGAGCCUUACCUUUCAGCUCUGUCAAAGCACUUGGAUGAAACCCAAACAGACAACGUGUCAUGUGCUUAUGAUGUGGAAAAGGAACCAUGGUUCUCCUUAGAUGACGUAAUGAACAAGGUGCAAGAGAAAGUAAAAGUCUUUAAAGAUUUUGCCGAAGCAAACAAAGAGAACAAAAGCAUCAGGUUUCUAACAGCUGAGAAGAGAGACAAUGUAAAGAAAGGUGCAACUCUCCACCUCUACAAGGAUGGCUCCUUAGUCACCGACAACUUUGAACCACCUUCAAAGCCAGGGAUGAUCAUACGUGACAUCACCCAUAACAGUGUAACACUGAAUAUUUCCCCACCUCGAUCUGGGUUGACAACUGACACCAGCUACACUGUUGAGUUCUGUGUCCAUGGAGAUGAUGUUUGGCAUCAACAAAUGGAGGGGGCGACUGGAGAUGUCACAGUGUCCAGCUUAAAGAUUAAUGAAGAUUAUCAGAUCAGGUGUAGAGCCAAGUGUGCAGUCGGCUUCGGUUCGGCUUGUGAAGGUAGCGCUUUUAAAACCUUAAAAAAAAAUAAAAUAAUGCAUGCGGAAUCUAAUCCUACAGAGUCAUCAGUCAGCUGGGAAAAGCCAUCUGAUAGACUAGCUAUAUCAAUCAAAAAAUUGAGUAAAGAAUUAAAACCUGGUUCUCCUUCAGUGUUCAAGUUACCCCUGAAGCAAAACCAUAUUAGGAUAGAUGGAUGCAAGAGCUACACAUUUGGCGAGGACAGCGUGAGGCCAAAUCGCACUCUCAUGUUCCUGGGGGCAAAAGGUUCUGGGAAGUCAACUCUGAUCAAUGGAAUGAUCAACUACAUCCUGGGCAUAGAUUGGGAAGACUCUUUCCGCUUCAAACUAAUCGAUGAGGACCAAUCGAAGUCACAAGCUGAAAGUCAGACUUCCGAAGUAACCAGCUACAAAAUCAACCACCAAGAUGGCUUCCAAGUUCCUUAUUCUCUAACCCUUGUUGACACUCCGGGUUUCGGCGACACAAAGGGUAUAGUGAGAGACGGAGCGAUCACACAGCAGAUUAGGACACUCUUCACCUCGGAAAAUGGAGUCCUUGAGAUAGAUGCAAUUUGUUUGGUCACCCAGGCCUCUCAAGCAAGACUAAUGCAUACACAGAAGUACGUGAUCGAUUCGGUGCUGUCCAUCUUUGGUAAAGACGUGUCAGAGAACAUUUGCAUUCUUGUCACAUUUUCAGACGGUCAGCCGCCUCCUGUUCUCGCGGCGAUCAAUGCUGCUAAUAUUCCAUGUCCUAAAACAGACAUAGGACUUCCAGUGCACCACAAAUUCAACAACUCUGCACUUUUUGCUGAAAAUAAUUCUUUCAGUGACAUAGCUGAUCAAGGCUCCAAAUCAUCAAAUAAUCCCCCCCCAAAAAAGAAGGAGGAUAAAAACUUUGAUGCAAUGUUUUGGGAAAUGGGGGCAAGCAGCAUGGAAAAAUUCUUUGCUGCCUUGGGACAAAUGACCACCGAGAGCCUGCAGUUAACCAAAGAGGUUCUCAACGAGCGAAAGCAGUUGGAGGUGGCUGUGGAAGGAAUCCAGGCCCAGGUACGGGCGGGGCUGGCGAAACUGGAAGAGAUCCGAUCAACCCAACAACAGAUCGAAAAGCACAACGCCGACAUCAGUUGCAAUGAAAACUUUGAAUUUGAAGUUGAAAUCCUCAAGCCUGUCCAAAUAGAGCUUACCAAAGAGGGAGAGUUCAUCAAUAACUGUCAGAAGUGUUCAGUGACCUGUCAUUACCCCUGUGCCAUAGCAGAAGAUGAAAAAAAGAGUGGCUGUGCUGCCAUGAAGGAUGGGAAAUGCAGGGUUUGCCCUGGAAAAUGUCCCUGGGAUGUACAUUUCAACCAGAAAUACAGGUGGGACUAUGUCAAAGAGAAGAAGAUGGUGAUGAUAAAAGAAGUGAAAGAGAAGUAUGUAAAAGCCACUGAGGCAAAGAUCUCAGUCGAGGAACUGAUUGAACACCUGGAAGAGGAUGUUGCCAUACUGCAGGAUGUGAUCCUGUCCAUGAUAAAAAAGUCGUCUCGCUCUAUUGCUCGGCUGAAGGAGAUAGCUCUGCGGCCUGACCCGCUGAGCACGCCAGAGUACAUCGACCUGCUCAUUCAGGGAGAGAAGUCAGAGGCCAAAGAGGGUUACCCGGCACGGAUUGAGUCUCUAGAAAAAAUUAAAGAAAAUGCCCAAAUCAUGGCCAAGGCUUCAAAAGGAGAGCCGCUAACCAGCACACAGGAUCAAUACAUUAAGGACAGACAGAAAAGGAAAGAAGGAAAGGGAAUUCGGAUUGAUGGUUGGUUUAAGAAUCUGUUUUGAGUCUUGGGUCCUCCUCAAGGUCUCCUCCCGACUGGACGUGCCUGGAACCCCUCCCUAGGUAGGCGCGCAGUGGGCAACCUUACCAGCUGCCCGAACUGGCAUAGGGCAUAGCUUUAAAAAAAAAAAAAAAAAAGAUUUCCACUAAGAUGGGCAACACAGUUUUUCUUGGAUCAGACAAACAUUUCAUUUGAAAGAGAUGGCAUUCGUUUCAAAUAGAGAUGUGGGAUUUUUUUUAAUACAACAGCAAUUACAAAGCACAGGUCUUCUGUUUUUAUAGUUUAUAGUAGUAUCCUUCUCAGGAAAUGGCCUUUGUUCUCUUCACCUCCUUUCUUCCGCUGUAACUCGUUAUGUUCAGGUUCGAGGUAUACGUUUUGUCACAACUUUGUACUGAUUUUUGACAGAGGCAACCAUUUCCCUCUGUAUUCUUUUUAACAAUUUCAGAAAAAGUAUACAAAUAAAAUGUAAUAAAUUACAGGAGGGUGGAUUCUCAAAACUGCACCAUCAUUAGUAUAAGAAGUAUUGGUUUCGAUCCACACUUCCCUAAUUUCCACAGUAGGUAUCACAGCAAUUGACAUCCUUCUUCUGCUACAUUAACUCAUUUUAUGCUUGUUCUUUGAUAUAAUAACACAGAUGCUGUUGAUGAAAACAGAGAAAUGAAAUUGCGAUCAAUAUUUGUUGGGUGUAAAUGUGAUUAUGAAUAUGUUAGAGGAAAUAAUAACAGAGUCUGUAAAAAUAAUAUUUACAAAAGUAUUUUUACAAAGAAAAAAAAUAUUAAAAGAUAUUAAAGAUUGAAAAACGUCUGUAUUUACUCAAACCUAUUUUCAGUUUUUUUAUAUUAAUUCAAGUUGGUUGUGUUGUGAAUUUUUGAAAGUUAAGUCUCAUAAACUGGAUCGGUAAAGAGUUGAACUCCUGAGCCCUGUUUCAGGUACUGGUUUUGAGGCAACCCCAGAAUUUUUUUUCGCUCUGAAUUAGUGGAAACUCUGGGUUUUCCGUUUCAGGUAGCAGGUUCAGCGCAACCGAGAGUUAGUUGCUGCUUGGGAGGUGGUUAGACCUACUGAAUUUGUUGUCUUUAAGGCUGAAGGCAGCUCUCCGACAGAAGGAAGUGUUAGAAAUGGCAUGUCCUUUUCUACGAGAGCCUGUGGACGUAGAGGCUGCGAUCCUCAGAAGGAAUCUCUGUGUGGGACAAUUAUUUAGACCCCGGUUGGAUAUACUUUCUUUUCCUGAUAAUUUUCUUCACGAGCCCUAUUGUUUUUCAGCGCAAGCUAUCAUUUAUUUAGACCACCUUCGCAGCCCCCAUGUUAACUGUCAAACGCAACGGGGGCAUGCUUUAAGUUUAAGUUUUGUUUUUUUAACGCAAUUAACGCAUGUGUAGAAUGAUCCGCCCCGUGCAUCCCACCCGCUCUGUAGGCUACCCGUGCAUCCCACCAGCUUUGUAUGCUACUACAGUCACUUUAACGUUGUGGCUUUCCCAUGAUCAGAGUAGCUGACUAACCACGGACCUAUAACUGCUGCAAGUCAAGAAACUCACUUUAAGAACGCAAGGCAGAAAAGACCCUGGUACUGCUUUUAACCAGAUGCUGUUCUUCUCUACAUGCACAUGCUCAGCAUAAUCGUCUGCAUUGUUCACUGAAGUAAAACCCUUUGAGUAAACUGUUCUACAAAAUAACCUGUCCCACCACAGCCCGUGUUCUAAUAAAGACAAUCUACUUUUUAUGAGGAUUUCUAUAUUUCCUGAAAGCACAAAAAAAAAAAGUCAUUCAUAUUGGGUAUGUUUUUAGAGCAGGGCACAGUAUCCCAGUUUGCACCUCUCCCACCUUUAACUUAUGUUCCAAAAUUUGGAUCUCCAAAUCAUCCUUUUGCAUCUUUUGCCUAAGGUGGUCCAUUUGACUGGAAGCAUCCGCAUCAGCUUCGCCACAGGACCGGAGGCUGGCAGCUUCCUCCGCCCCACUCAGAAAGGUCAAAAGGAGCCGGCACCACGCCGCUUAUAAGAUAGCAAAAAGUGAAUGUGUAUUUCUCGUUACUUUUUGUCAUUAUUAAAGAGAGGCCUGAUUCUCAGAAAUGCAUGUUGAAUGGCUAGAGCAGGUCCUGCCUCUUCGGCAGGCAUCAUGGAUCUCCAUCCAGCAGCCUGUACAUUACUGGAAGCCAAGGUCUCUCUGGCCAGUUUGGGGCAACCAGCAGGAGUCUGGGGUUCCCCUUCUGAGCUCUGUGUAGAGUUAACCCUAUCAGUGGAAAUGGCGGGAAGGCAUAAAGGAGCUGACGUGGCCAAGGAUGGGCCAAGGCAUCCUGUGCCAUCGGACUAGUCUCUGACAGAGAGAACCAAAGAGGGCAAUGUGUUGUGGUGGAGCAAACAGGUCCACCUCUGCUGCGCCAUAUUUGCUCCAUAUUGCCUCUACUACCUCUGGGUGGAGUCGCCGCUCCCCUGACGGAGGUUUCUGGCGUGAAAGAAAGUCUGCCACCGUGUUCUGUGGCCCUGGAAGGUACAUAGCCCUGAGGCUGGAAAAGUAAGGGAGAGCCCAUGCAAGAAGUUGCUGUGCAACCUGUAAUGGCUGAGCCGACCUUGUGCCCCCUUGGUGGUUCACAUUCUAGACAGCUGACUUGUUGUCGCAUCGUACCAGAACAUGUCUGCCCCUCAAAUAUGGCAGGAAUUCUAAAUAAAUAUGGCAGUAGCGCUAAAUAAAUAGUAUGGAGCUCGAGCACAUUUAUGUGCCGUGUCCUGUGCUGCGCACUCCAGAGCCCUCUCACGCCCUGUGCUGCCACACUGCCCCCCCAGCCAGGGAGCGAAGCAUCGGUCACCACCACCUCGCGGCGUGAGGGGAUCGAACCCAGUGGGACACCUUUGGCAAGAAAUGCCCUGCGUCUCCAGGGUUGUAAUGCCAGGAGGCAUUGACUGCACACCCUGACUUUCCUGGAUCCGUGCAACCACGGCUCUAAGUGGAGGCCAUUGAGACGGGAAGGCAAGUGUUUGGACGGUGUCCAGGGUUAUGCCAAGGAACAGUACCUGUUGGCUGGGAAUUAGAAAACUUUUGCCAUAGUUGACUGUAAGACCCAACCUUUCCACAUGGCCUAGGAGGGCUGAUUGGUGCGAGCGCUGCCCGAAUGCACCUUGUGAAGAUCAUUGGGGCUAUUGAUAACCCAAACGGGAGGACCCUGUACUGGUAGGCCCGCCAUUCGAAUGAGAAGCGCAGGUAUGGCCUGUGAUGUGGUGCUAUUGGGACAUGAAAAUAUGCAUCCUUUAAAUCUAUUGAUGUGAACCAGCUCUGCCGUGCGACGGCCUGGAGCACUUCCGCUGUCUUUAGCAUUUGAAAAGGCAAUACUUUCAGAAAACUGUUCAGCCCUCAUAAGCCCAGUAUAGGGCGAAACCCACCCGCUUUUUUGGAACUAAAAAAUACACUGAGUAAAACCCACCUUGCUGUGUCUGAGGAUCUACAAUCUCGAUGGCCUUCUUCUCCAUGAGGGUGGAUACCUCCUGGCUGAGGGCCUGUCGCCUUGUGGGAUCGCUGACUGUAGUCAGUCUGAUCCCCCUGAAAACAGGGGGCCGGCGUCGGAAUUGGAGAUUGUACCCCUGGGAAAGCGUGGCCACCACCCAAGGGUCUGUAGUGCAACUACCCCAGCAGAUGAGGUGCUGCUGGGCGAAGCGCCCGACGCCCGGCCCAAAGCCGUCAGUACCUGCCCCCUCUUGGGGGCCUGGAACCCCGACCCCUGACCUCUCUGUGCCUGGGGUGCAGGUCUUGUGGGAGCCCGACGGGGUUGAUAGGAUCUCUCAGGAGCUGGUGAGGUCCUGGGAUAACCUCUAGGACGCGCUGGCGGGAGAGGACGAUUGGUGCCAUAACCUUGUGCGGUCUCUCCAACAACCCCUGUUCAGGCAAGGAUUAUUCAAGCUUGUGUUCAUUCCAUGAAUUCUUCAAUAAUUUUGUUGUCAAAUGUCUCAUUUCGUAGCUGCAUCUCUGGUGAAACUGGUCGACGGGCUCUCCAACAACCCCUGUUCUGGCAGGGUGGAGGUCUUCCUCCAGGGCCAGUGGGCCACAGUUUGUGAUCAUGGCUGGGACCUGGCAGAUGCCCAGGGGGUGUGUAGACAGUUGGCCUGCGGGAGGGUGCUGGCUGCACCACAUGGUGCCAGUUGAGGACCUGGACAAGGGCCUAUAGGGUUGGUUGAUAUAAACUGCACUGGCCACGAAUCUAAGCUCACACAGUGUCGCCACAGAAGACUGUGGUCCCACAACUGUGAUCACCAUGAGGACGCUGGUGCUGUCUGUGAAGGUAAUACAUUUAACUUGUGGCUACACAAUAUCUGCUUUGUCUUCUGCUAAAAUAACAUGACACUAAAUCUAUGGCUUAUUUUCCUAUCCAAUGAAUUAUAUCUCAUUCUUCAGAAAGAAUGUGAUGAAAACAUGCUUAUUUUGUUAUUUGAGGUUGUCUUCAAUCAACCCGUAGUCAUAUGUUUUCCUUUUGUCGUAGCUGGCCCUCCAGUGAGACUGGUCAACGGUCUCUCCAACAACGCCUGUUCAGGCAGGGUGGAGGUCUUCCUCCAGGGCCAGUGGGGCACAGUUUGUCAUGAUGGCUUUCACACAUCAAUUGGAAUUUGAGUGGACUACAAUAUUCCCGUUAGCCAAGUCCGACCUAAGUGAUUCUCACUGUUGGCGACAAGCUGAUUUAAAUCAAUACAAGAACACAUGGAUCGAAUGAGCGCAUGUUGUAGUCCAUCUUCGGAAAAUUGUAGUUUCAUGCUAGAGACGCUAGAGCUCAGCAAUACUCCCCGUCGCACAAUGACGUCGGUUAGGAAAAGUUGAAUUCAUUUUAAACAGGACUGUCUUUUCCUAUGUUCGAAAGGAAGCACCUUUUCAUCUCUCCUUGACCCGAUGACGUUUUCCACAAAGGUUAAGGAAAGGUGGCAUAAAGGUCAGGAGAUUUGACAUUCCGAAUUCUCCCCAGGUAGCACUAGUGUUAAGCACAGGGGCGUAGCCAGGAUUUUAGGCCCCCAUUAAAGGUUAUCUGUAUGGGCCCCCAUGGUGCGCAUGCCACAAUUUGUCCACCAUUCAUUCUAAAUCUAUUACAAUUAUUUCACUGAAUGUGGACAAUAUAUUGGGGACAUAUCUGCUGAAAGCUGGCAAUGCUGCUUUACCUUUUAUUUUUUACUUAUUAUCAUUUUCAUCUCUUUUCAUCGUUCAAAUAAUUUCUGCAUUGUUUUAUUUCAAAUGUAAUAGCCAAAUACGAUAUUUCAUGACCUAUUGAUGAAUCAUAUAUCACUAAAGCCCUUUCUAGAGUCCUUCCCUCUUAGGCUUAACUGUCCUUACCUUUAACCUAUUUGCCACGCUGCUGGUUACACAAGUGUCAAAUUACAUCCAUAAUGUGUUUCAUGUGUUGUAGAUAUGAAAGAGGAUUGUUGAUUGCAUAAUUACAUUUUGUUGUGAUGUACCACAAUUAUUAAAUGUUUCAUAA